GUGUGGUCGACAAUGCCCGGGUAUUGUAUAUUUAAUUGUAAAGCUGUAUGCAUAUGUCACCAUGGGGUGUCUUGUCAGUAACGGGCAAAAGAAUGUUUGAGUAGACGGGAAACGACUGAAGUAAACACACAAAGUAAUGUUCUUGGUACUUUGAUAGGAAUAAAACGUUACUAGCUGCUACUUUCACACGCCUCUCUCCAGCUGUUAAACGCGGCGCCGCCCCUUAACCGGUAGCCCCGCCCUUUGGCUGAACAGUACCUGUCCAGUUUGCCGACACAGUCAGUGAAGGAGCUGAAUUUGGCAAAGUCAGAGUGUGACAUUUCUCGCUGUGCUCCGUGGGGAGAGAGUCAGGCUCCAUUUCUGCGCUCCGCACACACACCUGCUCCUGUCUCCGGAACCUGCAUUGAAGUGUAGCCAAGCUCCGCGGAUAAGGUGAGCCACCCUGCUGACACUGCAAGACUGCACAUUUGGCACAGCCUCAGGUUCCUGCAAUUACAUUUAUUGCUACUUUCUGUGUCCCCUGCCAUUCGCUGCCAGCUCCAUCUCUUGCAAUGAGGUCUUAUAUUGCAAUGUCACUGAGUUAUAUCGGCCUCUUGUGUGUUCAGCAUCUGCCAGGCUCUGCGCCUCUGCCCUCUGCUCACCUGCUGCUGCUUCCCGCGCCCAGGGAACCCCCUGACAGGGAAAAACGACCAAAGGAAGGGCCCCUGAUAGAGUUGUCACUCUUCACUCCAUCUUUAACUGAGACAAAGCUUGAUCUUAAGACCCUGAAGAGGAAGAAGAGGCACAUUCGUCGUUCUCAUGGAUCUCGUCUCAUGCGUGUGGGCUGUUCCCUGGGGACUUGCCAGGUACAGAUCCUUAAUCAUCGACUUUGGCAGUUGAUGGGACAAUCAGGAAAAGAGGAUUCACCAAUUCAACUCAGCAACCCACACAGUUACGGCUAAAGCACCAGAUAUCACACAAUACCUGAUACAAGAACAUCCAGUGCUUGUUCACCAGAUAGUGUGAAAAACUCAGAAGUUAUAGUAAAUAGACAGCAUUAAAAUCUCAGUGUCUGUCUCAUUCCUCUCCAUAUUUCUGCAUUACUUUAAUUCUGCCUUUAUAAAUUGCCUUUAUGUCUAUUGUGACUUUUAUCCUUGCUGUGUCCUGACUGUUGUUUACCCAAUUCUCAACAUUUUGCAUUAGAUACAAAACAUUUUGGUUCUGCAGAUCAUCCUGUUUUACAUCUAUCAUUGCAUCUACCCAAUGUACACACAAUACUGCAUCAAUAUUGGUUAGCUAUAGCCACCCUGGAUAGCUGCUAAGUUUUCUGGCUAGUUUAGCAGCCUUAGGCCUACUAUAUUUUAUGCAUCUUACAAUAAUGAACCUUGCUUGACAAGCUCACAUUGAACUCAUGUAUUAAACUGCAAUUAUACUGAUCAAUGGUCAGGAUUACUUGUCGAAUUUUUGUCUGGACUUUCCUAUUGGGUAAAAAAAAUACCCUGUUGUAAGAGAGAGAGUCCCAAGUUGAUGUUUGAUAAAGUUAAGCAUAUGUUCUGCUAAUUCCAUGA